CCAUCAGCUAAGUCCACACACAAAACCUUUCUUUUUGACGGGAACACACAAAACCUUUCGACAAGAGCGCCGGCGAGCGGUGCGAUGUCAGCCAACAAGGCCUCCUCGUCGCACGGCGCCGUCCUCCUCCCCAUGGCAACCCUCCUCCUCCGGGGCCUCGUGGGCCUCCUCUGCACAGCUUCCCGCCGCUUCGUGUCAGUGGCGCUCGCAGGCCUCCCGGAAUUCGUGGAAACAUGCCGGCCGACCUUCAGUUCUCUGGAACAGCAUGAGCGCACGGGCGAGCACGUCUCGUGGGUGGCCGGCGUUGGAUGCGCGUACAGCCUGCUGGCCAUGGCGUUCGUGACGUUCAACGUCGUCCAGAGGAAGAAGAUGAUCGGAGGCAGCCUGCGGGGCACAGUCUUCCUCAUUUCUGCUGACGUCGCAUGUUCUGCGCUGGUCAUCGCGAGAGCAGCGGCAGCCCUGGGCUUCACGGUGGAAAACGAGAUGAGGGUCGAAGUGUUCGAUUUAACCAAUAUGGGAUUCUACGAGUUGGUCCAAAUCUCGUGCUUGUUACUCUUGAUGGCCACCGUUUGCAUGGUGGUCAUCAUCAUGCUCACGGUCUCGCUCGCCAAGUAAUUAGGUUGGGGCAAGAUUGUUUUGGACUCUUCUUUUUCUGUGUGAUGGAGAUUAAGCGACUUGCUUUCCUAACAAGGCAUUUGAUGUACUCCCUAGGGUGGGAAUGACAUGGAAAGUGUGCGCUAAAGUUGUAUUUCUAAGAUAUAUGAAGUUACAGUUUCUUUA